AUGAGGCGGGUUGCUCCCGCUGGUUGGCACAUUACGAAGCCCUUCCACCUCUUUGUAGACGAACAUAAGGGAAGAGCAAAAGGGGUUCUAACUCAAGCCUUUAGCCCCUGGAACCGCCCAGUGGCUUACCUGUCUAAGAAACUAGACCCAGUGGCUGCCGGCUGGCCGCCAUGCCUAAGAAUAACACAUUACCAGAGCUUCCUACUCAACCCUCCAGGAGUGCGGUUCCACCCCAGUGCAGCCCUCAAUCCUGCAACCCUGCUGCCCGACCCUGACCUAGGUGCUCCACUACAUGACUGUGCGGGAAUCCUGGAACAAGUACAUGGAUUCCAGACGGACCUGACCGACCGGCCCCUCCCCGAUGCCGAGGCUACUUGGUUCACUGAUGGCAGCAGCUUUGUGCGAGAUGGACACAGGUAUGCGGGUGCAGUGGUGGUUACCGAAACGGACACCGUAUGGGCGGAGGCUCUACCCUCCGGAAUGUCAGCCCAGCGAGCAGAGCUCAUAGCCCUCACCAAGGCGCUGAUGCUGGGAGCUGGAAAAUGACUUAACAUAUACACAGACAGCUGUUAUGCAUUUGCCACAGCUCAUAUUCAUGGGGCAAUUUAUCAGGAGAGGGGGUUACUGACGGCAGAAGGACGGACUAUAAAAAAUAAGCAGGAGACACUUAACCUGCUUACGGCCUUAUGGCUUCCCGCCAAGCUAGCCAUUAUCCACUGCCAAGGGCACCAAAAAGCUGAUAACCCAGUAGCUAGAGGUAAUCGAAAGGCUGACCAGGCAGCCAAGGCAGUAGCCAGACCAGCCCAAAUACUCCCAGGAGUUACAGCAGAUCAAGAAACUCCCCAUGGCCCAGGAGAUAAAGGGAUGGUGGUGCUCGUGCUGCCAGACCGGCUCGGAGUCUCAAUAUUAGAGCACAUGCAUCGGUCUACUCACAUGGGGGCCCGAAAAUUAAAAGACUUAAUCCGACAUGCCGGAAUCAAGAUUCACCAACAGGACACCAAAAUAGAGCAAGUUGUAUCUGCCUGCAAGACCUGCCAACUCACCAAUGCGAGAGCCACAUCAAAUAAAAAAGGAACCAGGCUCAGAGGCACCAGACCGGGAGCCCAAUGGGAAGUCGACUUCACUGAAGUCAAACCAGGAAAGUAUGGUUAUAAAUAUCUUUUAUUAUUUACAGACACCUUCUCUGGCUGGGUGGAGGCAUACCCAACCAAGCAUGAAAUGGCUCAGACGGUGGCUAAGAAGCUACUAGAAGACAUCUUACCCAGGUAUGGUUUUUCUGCCAUGGUAGGAUCAGACAAUGGACCAGCUUUUAUCUCGCAGGUAACACAGGCAGUAGCCAAGGCGGUGGGGGCAAACUGGAAAUUACAUUGUGCUUAUAGGCCCCAGAGCUCAGGACAGGUAGAAAGAAUGAAUAGAACCCUAAAAGAGACCCUUACCAAAUUAACCAUGGAGACUGGCGGGGACUGGGUGACUCUUCUACCGUACGCCCUUUACCGGGUUAGAAACACUCCUUACACUCUGGGUUUUACUCCCUACGAGCCACCCCCUGUUAUUCCCAGUCUUCGAGCUGAACUUAUUGCUGAGUUUAAAGAUCAAGAACUUUUUCUUUCCUUGAGAGGGCUCCAGAGGGCGCACGAGGACAUUUGGCCACGCCUCUCUGCCAUCUACGAGGCUGGCCCGACCCCGACACCUCAUCAGUACAGGCCAGGAGACUGGGUCUACGUCAAGAGGCACCACCGAGAGACCCUCAAGCCGCGCUGGAAGGGACCCUACAUCGUGGUGUUGACAACCCCCACCGCUCUCAAAGUAGACAGCAUCGCGACCUGGGUCCAUCACACCCACGUUCGGCCAGUGGACCCCUCCUCCGUCCGGAAGGACUUCGUCACGGCCCGGCUAAAGGAAGAACGUGAUGAUGAUGAUGGUGAUGAUGACGAUGGCAACCAUGACAACAAAGUACUUACUAUCUGUCAGGCAACGAUGAAGAAGCUGAGGUUCGGCCAGACAAGUGACUUGUCCAAGGUUGCCCAGCUGACCGGUGGACUCGAAUCCAAUCCCUGCUCCAGCCGAGAGCCUCCAUUCCCUGAUCCCGCAUACCCAACAAAGCAGCCAGGGCCUAAGGUUGCCUCUGAGCAGUGCAGGGUGGCACUUAGGCUAAAAUGCGACAACAUCAAGUGUGCAGAAAGCCUACUGCCAUACAUUGUGGUGCCAGGUUGGAUAGAUCUGAGGAUUAAACAAUGCAUUUUAAGCAAAUCAGCCUCCACGGAAUGGACAAAUGGCUUCAAAGAGCCCUGCAGAGAAACUGAGGAUGGAGAUAACGCCAAUCGAGAAAAUACAAGCAGGCAGCAGGAAAAGUGCGGGACAGACUACCGGCCGCUCAAGUCUUGCGUCAGCCACCUUACCAACUGA